AUGGCUACUCCUACUCUCGCUCACUUCAAGUUACCUCAAAUCGACAAUGAGCCUAUGCUCAACUAUGCUCCUGGUUCUGCUGAGCGUGUCAAGCUCGAAGCUGCUGUCAAUGAGAUGAUCGCUCAAGGCACUCAAGAAGUUCCCAUUGUUAUCAACGGUGAAAAGAUCUACUCUGGAAAGGUUGCUGAACAAUUGAACCCUUCCGACCACAAGUCUGUCGUCGCCAAGUAUCACGAAGCUGAUGCCGCUCUUACUCAAAAGGCUAUUGAUGGUGCUUUGGCUGCCAAGGCCUCUUGGGAAGCUCUUCCUUUCAAUGAUCGCGUCGCUGUCUUCUUGAAGGCUGCUGAUUUGUUAUCUAGCAAGUAUAGAUACAAGUUGAUGGCUGCUACCAUGCUCGGUCAAGGUAAGAACAUCUGGCAAGCCGAGAUCGAUGCUGCUGCUGAGCUCUGUGAUUUCUUGCGUUUCAACUGCAAGUACGCUGAGGAAAUCUACUCUCAACAACCUCCCAAGAACGCUCCCGGUACUUGGAACCGUACUGAAUUCCGUGGCCUCGAAGGUUUCGUUUUGGCUGUCUCUCCUUUCAACUUCACUGCUAUUGGUGGUAACUUACCCGCUGCUCCUGCUUUGAUGGGUAAUGUUGUUGUCUGGAAGCCUUCUCCCGGUGCUGUCUACUCCAACUACUUGUUCUACGAGAUUUUGGUUGAAGCUGGUCUCCCCGCUGGUGUCGUCCAAUUUGUUCCUGGACCUGCCGAAGAGAUCUGUGGCCAUGCUAUUAACAGCCCCGAUUUCACCUCUCUCCAUUUCACUGGUUCUACUCACGUCUUCCGCAAGUUGUGGCAACAAAUUGGUAACAACAUCAACUCUUACAAGAGCUAUCCUCGUAUCGUUGGUGAGACUGGUGGUAAGAACUACCAUUUGUUGCACCCUAGCCUCGAUGACGCUGGUGUUCGUCACGCUGCUUUGCAAACUAUCCGUGGUGCUUUUGAAUACCAAGGUCAAAAGUGCUCUGCCUGUUCUCGUGCCUACGUUCCUGCCUCUUUGUUUGCUCAAUUUAAGAAGGAAUUGACCGCUGAACACGCCAAGAUCACUCAAGGUCCUGUUACUGAAUUCCACCACUUCUCUGGUCCCGUUAUCAACAAGUUUGCUUUCGACAAGAUCAAGAGCUUCAUUGAUCACGCUGCUGUUGAUGAUAACUGUGAGAUCAUUGCUGGUGGUAAGUGUGAUGACUCUACUGGUUACUUUAUCGAGCCUACUGUCAUUGUCACCAAGGACAAGCUCACAAAGACCAUGACUGAUGAAAUUUUUGGUCCUGUUGUCACCAUCUACGUCUACGAGGAUGCUGAUUUCGAGGAGACUUGCAAGCUCGUUGGCGAGACCACUGAAUACGGUUUGACUGGUGCCUUCUUUGCCAAGGACCGUGAUUCCAUUGUCAAGGGCUCCAACUUGUUGCGCAACACUGCUGGUAACUUCUACAUUAACGAUAAGUGUACUGGUGCUGUUGUUGGCCAACAACCUUUCGGUGGUGGACGUGCCUCUGGUACUAACGAUAAGGCUGGUUCUUGGUCUCUUUUGACUCGUUUCAUCUCUACCCGUACCAUCAAGGAAAGCUUUGUCCCUAUCGAGGAUUUUGUCUACCCUUCCAACGCCAUCUAA